UUUGGGGAGUUGAACCUCAGUAAACAAUAUUUCGAAGGUGAUAUCACAUUAACCGAAGAACAGAGUGACCUUCUCCAGAAACGUUGGAAAGACUACCCAACACAAAGUGAGAACACAACGAGAGGUUUAAGUUUCCGAAAGCUUUGGUUGAACAAUACGGUUCCGUAUACUCUGACAAGAGGGUUGCGUAAGUAACUUAAAGUAUUUCUUUUUCAAAGAUCCUAAAUUUAUUGAUGGGAAACUUUCCGCCUCGGUAAGCCGCGACUUUUCAUAGAAAGAAUUCAAAGGAGAACGGAGACAGGCUAACUCUACUGAAAGCACUUCGAUAAACAGAAAAGAGCAACUCAAAAAGAAGUGAUUAUUAACCGCUUCAUGAGACCGAUUUGCGUGCACUGAUGAUGGGCUGAUGAUGCUGAAAAGUUAGACUUCUCAAGUUAAGUUCAGUACGCACACUAGCAGCAUGAAAGAACAUAUAUUUUUUUUCUUAGUGUCGUUAAGCUGUCAAAUGUCUUCACCUUCACACAAUGCUGACAUAAUGACAUAUACUGCUGAUCUUCCUUUUGCUUAAAGGGCGUUAUUUCACUAGUGUAAACCAGUCUUAACGCACAAUAAUGAUGGACAAUGCUGUGCUGUCUACUGAGAUAAUUAAAAAAUUGGUCUGUGUUGCUGCUGAAUUAAUAUCAAUUUGCACUUGGGAGAGAGGAAAAAUGUCGAAAAUUAUACCAAAAAGCGGGACAUGAAGGAAGGUCUGCUGAAUGAAAGAAAUUGUUUCUUACCUUAGAAAAAAAAAGUAUCUUAGCUCAGCGAGACAUUUUGGUAAUUGCAGGGAUGGCGAGUCUAAUAAACAUUCGUUCAGCAAUGCAGGAGUGGCAAAAUAGCAUUUGUAUCACUUUCAAAGAAAGAAGCUUAGAAGAAGAUUACAUUGAGUUCGCCUAUGAAGGAGGGUAUGGUAUAGACAAGCUAAAUCUAUCGCGAGAGCCGAGGGUCUUAUGCACACCCUUAAGUAUAAUAUAGUCUAACAGGCUCAUUUUCGAUUCGCACAGCUCGCUUUGAUUAUAAUAUAUUAGUGUUAUGAUCGCCAAAGAAUGCGUUGAGUGACUAAUUUGGAGACAUUUUGCAAACUCGUUAAACAAAAACGACAUUUCAACUUUCAUGCAUAGUUUUUUAAACGCGUGUCGUACAGUAAGUUGUAAAAAGCCUUGGAGAUAGUGACUAUCUUGUCAAUAGCCUCUCUGCGUUCGUAAGCCCCCUAUAUCAAUCAAUUCAAUCAUGCCACUGAAGCUUGUUCGAUUCCCAGCCAGGUUCUCUUGUUAUUGAUUCUUUUCCCCCUCGAGUAUUCAACUGUCGUCAAAGGCCUUGACUGUCUUGAAUUUUAUUGAGAUAACCCUUUUUUAUUAAAAUGCAAAGCCAAUGUUUGAAAGUUUUGGCUUACCUUUUGUAAUUAUUUGCUCUCUUUUUUUUGCUUUUUGUUUGGUGUUUUAUUGCAGUUGUUCGUCAAAUAUAGGCCGAAUUGGAGGCCGGCAACUCAUUUCCGUGGGCUCCAUAGGAACAGAAUUUUCAGACAGGUCGUGCAUGACUCCUACGCCGUAUGGCAGCAACGUGACAAUCACGUGCACGAAGGGCAACAUCCUACACGAAAUUGGGCAUGCGCUAGGAUACUAUCACGAACACAACCGACCUGAUCGUGAUGAAUAUCUGACGGUGGUCUGGAAAAACGUAAUUCCUGGUAAUAAAACAUUCACAACCUACCUUAGAUGGUACACGUCUGACAUAACCUCCUUCACGACUCAAAGUUUAGAAUAAUUAUGAUAAUAGGACAUUUAAUACCGGGAGGUAGAAACAAACUUCAUGAGUUCCACCGUAAGACAUACAUACACCUUGCAUGCUUGUGAUAUUAUUAGCUUUCAAGGGCAUCAGGGAGGGCUAUGGCUAUCGUCACAUCUUGAAACUAUACUAAACUGAGUGCCGCCUGAACUGCUGGGGAAGAACAAAUCAAGUUAAAUAUAACUGAAAAUAUAAAAAAAUCUUUUCCCCCGUCUUUUAUUAAUACACUUGUCGAUGAUACAAUAACGACUGUGCAACAAUCUUUACUGAAUUAUUGAUACAAAUACGCCGAAAAAAGCAGAAAAAACUAAAGUAAGGGUGCUUGCCGAUAAAGACAGGACAGUCACUUAGAACUCUUAGAUUCUUUUCUUGUUAAUAAAUUCGGAUUGAAAUAAAAUUGUUGCUUCUCGAUCUGUCUCCAGGAUGCAAAGUCCAUUUCCAAAAGGAGGGAUUUACAACGAUUGAUUCACGUGACAUGCCGUACGACUACAAUUCUGUGAUGCAUUAUGGAUCAUUCUUCUUUUCUCAAGAAAGGGGAUUGAGAACGUUACUUGCAAGGAUGAAAGGAGUACGAAUUGGACAAAGAGAAAAGCUCAGUGCUCUGGAUGCGCAGAGAGGAAGGUUGCUUUAUCAGUGCACAUUGAUGGCAUUAGAUGACUCCAAUAAAUUGACUGAAGAGGAACAGAAUUUAACUGUGUAGAAUAUCAAACGUAAACACUUUUCAAAACAUAAAGUUAGGAUAUUUUGUUAAAUAAAUUAAAGUGUUCUUAUAAUUCCAACGUUGUGUCAGAACGGGUAUUAAUGAUCAGAGCUGAACUCAGUGCCCCAAACUAUGCCCGGCAAUUUUGUUUGCAGCCAUUUGGGGGAGGGGUGGGGGAAGGGAGUAGCGGGGCCUUGGUGGGAGAGAAAGAAAGUUUGAGCCCCCUAUGCACGCCCCCCAAAAAUUCUAUACAGCCGGUGUUCAGAAAAAAUUGAUCCAGCUUGGACUGAAGUUUCAAUCAAAAAUAUGAACGCUCUGCAACGACAUCAUGUGCGAAACUGUCGGUGGCCAGCCGCCUGCAGUCAAGAGUUCUCAUCCGUUACCAAGCACCUGCCUGUGGGGCGUUGAAUUUGCCUGUUUCUACACGCUCUAGUGAAGAAGGGCCUUUUCAGAUGAUCAUGUAUGUGGCGGAAAAAUCCUAAAAGAAGCAUUUCUUUUAACUUCACAUUUGACGAAGGCUAUUACUUCAGAUUACCGUCAGGUGGUAAUAUCUUUUUUUUUUUUUCUCUUAAAAAUAGGUUACAUUACUUCCUUCUGCUUUAUGUAAUAGCCUGCUCCUAGACCAAAUAUAAUUAAAAUAUUUGGGUUAGGCGCUUUCAAAAUUAUGUUAAUCAUAAUCAAUCAGUCGCAAUCAAGUGCAUGUUCAUUCUAAUAACAACCGAUUGCAGAUUAUUAUUAUUAGUAUUAUUACUUAUUCGCAGUUAUUAAUAACAAUUCCGUUGUCGGACCAGUAGGUAAACCAUUGCUUUAGUAUCAAACUUUUCCCUUGUCAUUUUCUUUGACGAUCCUUGACCCUAAAUAGAAAUCUGUCCAAAACAGUUACUGGUGGCGCAGCAAGUUCAAUUGUUUUUGACUGUUUUCAAUUCACAUUGGAACGCGGUUAUUUGGUCUCAGCUAAUUUUAAGGUCGUAAGGCCAGGAGAAGCAGGUACAAAAGAUUGGGCAAAACUAAUGCUUAUAAAAAGUAAAUUUACUUGUAGUGGAUUUCACCGGGAACGACCAUGUCAAUAAUUGGCCCCUGACAAUGCAGCCUAUGGUAGUCAUUCUAUUAGUAUCGGGGAUAUGCGGAAGAGUUACAUGAAGUCCGAAGAGUGACCGACAUCAAUUUUCUCCUAGAAAUAUCACCACAUAAUCUAAAGAAUGAAGUUUGUGAGAACUGAUAAAAUGAUAAACAAAGGGAAAACGUUUUGAUCUUUUAUCAAAUUCUCUCAUACUGAAUUCUUUGGAGAAAAUGAGUGGAGAUUUAUUCUUGUAUCAUGUACAGUGGAACCUCGGUAUAACGAACCUCUAUUAAGGGCGGAGUCUUCAAUCGGAUGAUAAUGAACGAUUUUUUUUUACCCCAGUAAUAGAGAAAAAUAUGAAAAAGAACCUCGAUAUAUUAACGAAACCUCUCGUUAUGCGAACAAAUUUUGCCAGUCCCUUGGCCCUUCAUCCAGAGUUCACAGUAUUUUGGAUCUUAAAUGUUUAGACAGCAAUGCAUUGCCACAUCUCAGAUGGGCAGGACAGCCACUCGAUAUCCUAUGACUGCUUCGUUAACACUUAGAAUUAUUGACCACUGGAAUAUUUUGAAAAUAGUGGAAAGCGUACCCAAUGAAGUGUACUUAGAAAAUUGGGGAGCUUAAGAAACGUCGACAAGCCUAAAUAAAAGCUAAGGUUGCUUGAAAUGGCUCAGUAGCACUGAGCAUUAGGAUAUCGCGGUCAAUCAAUAAAGAUGGCAUUGUCAAUGCAAGGCAUGCGAACUUGAAUAAGAAUUCUGUAGACUUGUAGUCAGACAAGAUGAAAUGCAGAAGAUAAAUUUGACGUUGUGGUCACUUUUCUUCUCCAACCUUUCGCUGACACAUUUUAUUGCGCUCAACCAGGAAACAUAGAAGUUCACAGAGAAGGAUGAAAUGUUUUGGUGUGUCUGCAAUUUUGGUUAUUCAAUUCUUCCUGCUAAGUAACGGUAAGUAUUACUAAUUUGCAUUAUGGAUGAGGUUUCUGUGAUAUCCAGAAUCAUGAAUUAAGGUUGAGGUAAGUAAUAAACGUACCUAUCAGACCUUGAUCAUUCCUGAUAAACACAAAAACCGAAUCUGACAAUUGUUUUAUAUGCACUGUUUUGAGGAGAAUAACGACAAACAGCACAAACACGUAGUCGUACGGUCCAAACAGUUUGACAAAGUGCUCUUGGAAACCAUGUAUUGCGCGCGCAACCAGCAGAUAACUAACUAAUUUGUAGCUUGCGCUGAUUUCCAAAAAUCAUUGUAGUCUCUUGGCCGAUGAGAAUACAAAUAUUGAGUACAACUUAUGAUGAUGGAAAUUAUUGGAUGUGGCCGAGUAUCUUAGUACUUAUGAAGAAAUAUGAAGAUCGAGGAGGGUUUUACCGGCCAGGCCACGUAACCAAGCUUGCCGGUUGAUGUUUGCCGAUAUCAAUACCAUUGACGACAUUCGUAUAAAUACCCAAAAAGAGGGACUCAAGGAGCGGUGGCUCAGCUCAGUUUUUUGGCUGUGUGGAGCUGGAGCUCAACUUACAAUCAUCGGUGUGUUGCUCUGUCCUCCAUACGCGCAUGUCCUUGAUUCACUCGACCGCUGAUCUUAUAAGAGCUAAAUCAUCCGAUCGUGAAGUUAGAAUACUGAUCACACUGAUAAUAGUAUAUUUGUGGCUUUACAAAUGAUGAAAGCAAAAAGCUCAAGAUUUUUACGUAUUACGUAAAUUGUUAAACUUUAUAACUCAUUGAUAUAUUUUACUUUUGUUCUUGUUAUUAUGAUCAGUCGUAACUGGUGCUAACAUAACGAGCAAUUUCACUGGGCUGGAUGUAAAUAUAGACCCAACAUCCUUGAAAACGUACGAAGACGAAGUGGAAGGUAAUGACAGAAAGCUUUUUACUUUAGAAUAAAAGACCAAAAAGUGAAAGUGACUACUCUGCCCAUUAACUGGGAUCUAUAAAUUUUCCUGUCAUUGGCAAGCGAUCUUAGAUAGGGAUUUCGGGAUGCGGGACUUCCCUCAUUUGAAGGCCGGGAGUAGGAAUUUUAAAGCAAAAUGGGGAAGAGAUUCGGGAUUGACAAAAACGAUCAUCGGGAUUACGGGGUGGCACAAAAUUGAGUCGGGACGACGGCAUUAAAUAACCCUAUUGGGGACCUUCAUCUAAGCUACAACCAGUUGCAAAAGUACUUGAGACACUGUACCGUAUUUUUGCUUAAACGGCUGGUCCAUGAUCUUCUGCUUUUGACCCCUCUUCACCCCUUAUCAAAGUUGCUAGUAAUACAAGACUUGGAGCAACGACUUGAGUGGAAGGGAGGUCAGUAUUACAUCUCACAGACCUGUGACUAGCAGCGAUUUGAAGUAAGAAACGUCGUUUGUUUAUUGGAGUGUAGGAACAUUUUUGAAACUAGUUGUAGCUUUAAAACUGAAAUGCAAAGUGAGCGUAAGAAAAACAGCCUUGGCUUUUUUUAAAAGUAAUUCGAAUUCUACUAAAAACUGUUAAAAACUGUUUUGACAUUUCAGUAAAUAAGCCAAGUACUGCGUUUUCGAUUCCAUAUAACAAUCACAUUUAAUUUUGCCACUUGAGGAUAGAUUUAACAAUGACACUUCUUUUUUUUAGCAACUUAUGGUGAAUUAAAUCUGGGAAUGAAUUACUUCGAAGGUGAUAUUUUACUCACUCAACAACAGAAAGAUUUGAUCAACGCGUCAAAAAAUGCAAGUAACAUUCAAGCGAGAGAUCUUGUAAGAGAUACCUCGAAAUUAUGGAUUGAUGCUGUCGUACCUUAUUUACUUGCCGACGACCUCAGUAAGUUUGUUCAACAAUUUACGCUCGCUAAAUUUGGCUAGAAAGACGCAAGAACCUGUAGCACUGCGUGAAAUACAUAUAAAUUAAGACGUUUUCCAUCAAACUGGACAUAGAGCGGUUUUGAAUUUAGUGUUUUACUGAAAACCAAAACCUAAUCAUUAUUACAAAAUCAAAUAACUCUAAUUAGCUUGAAGCAAACACCUGUAGCCGGCCCAAUCUUCUCUUUCGUAUGAGUCUCUGUUAAAAGGAAAGAAUUGAAAUCCGCGAGCAAGAAUUUGUGCCCAGGCCUUUUGUAUGCUAAGCUCUCUCCCUUACCACUACACACACACUGAUUCAUCAAAAUGUCUAAAAAAUUAAGUUUACGAAUUAUAAUUAACUCUCUUUACAUAAGACUAUUUAUAAAUGUACCCCCUUUUUGCUUUGUUUUACCUCAAACAAAAGCAUAUCUUAACGCCUACCAUGAGUUCAGACUUUGAGCCAAUCAAACUGCGACCAAAGAAAUCACGAAAUUCUUACUUUCGACUCUAAAUUCAAAUUACCUUAUACUUUUGCAUGCGGUUGCAGAUUUGGAAAGUCGUGGUUACAUUGACUCAGCAAUAAGUGAGUGGAGUGGAAAAACUUGUCUUCAGUUCAGGGAAAAAACUUAUGACGACGAAGAUUACAUAGAGUUUGUCUACGAAGUAGGGUACGUACAUUGCUCGGCGCUUAAACGAAAUCAGCUCACAUUUUUUUCCGCAUCGGAAUUAAAUUGGUCGUAUUCGCCAUACCUGUAUUUCAUACUCGGUAUUCCGUCGAUUCCUAUGCAAGACACAAUGUGUUGAUCCACGUGUUGUGUGAAUAAUUUUCACUCCAAAGGACCCAUCUAGGGUUGAAUUUAAUCAAAUAAAGCGUGAAAUUGGCUAUGCCGGAACGCAUUUUUUGAUCUCAUUAGAUGUGUUUUUGGUCAUGUCUAUAGCAGAUAUUUUUUCAUUUUCAGAAUUUUCCCAACUAUGAAGCUACUGUUGUAAUGCUGUCGGUUUCUUUUAGAUGUUCUUCCUAUGUGGGACGUAUCGGAGGCAGACAAACAAUUUCAGUAGGAAACGCAGAUGGUAGCAUUAUAUGUAGACACGGUAAUAUAGUUCACGAAAUUGCGCAUUCCGUGGGUUUCUUCCAUGAACACAGCCGACCCGACCGUGAUGACUAUGUCAACGUUCACUGGGACAAUGUUGAAAGCGGUUGGUAUUGAACCUCCAUAGUCGUAUAAAAGUGAAGAGCGUUUCGAUUUCCUUUACUUUGAUUUUUUCCCUUUGAAUUGCAUUAUCCUUUUAGAGAACGUUUACUUUCAGCUCAGCUUCGAAUUCUGAAACUCCUUCCAGAAAAUCAUCAAUUUUGUUGAAAUACUAUCACUUGAUUCGUUGCCAAUAUGACUAGACUGACAACUUCGCAAAACUAUAGUGAGUUACGUUGCUCUACCCUUGAAUUCUAGCAAAUAUCCUUAAAUAUCGAUACUUUGUUUUGACAAAUGAACCUGGAAGCCUUCCAAGGGAUAUAUAUAUUUUUUAUAUAUGCUUGCUUUCGCUCUCAGGAUACGAAAAAAACUUCCACAAGGAAACUUUGGACACUGUAGACUCUCGCGAUGUUGGGUACGAUUAUGAUUCUGUUAUGCACUAUGGCGAAUUUUUCUUCACAAGGGAGCCAGGAUUGAGGACCUUAGAGCCUUUGGACCCCAGUGCAUCUAUUGGGCAGCGAAUUGGCCUUAGUGAGAAGGACGUUGAACAAGGAAACCUAUUGUACGACUGCACAGGUAUUGUUAAGCAUUGCAAACCAGAGACUGAGCUGUAGAUUCCCAGCUCCAAAGUUUUAAUAGCAUGUUCACACUUGGUACCUGAGCAGUAGUACCUUUCCACCGGCACGAAGACGAAUCAGUGCUGCGUUUAGACUCUACCCAAUAUGUUAUGUAUUGCUCAUGCACACAUUUUGCUCAUUUUGCCCCGUCAGACACCACCUAAAAACGAGAUCUUCGUUCUGAGCCGUCUGUGGGAAUAUUAGCAAAGCGCGGUGUGGCGUGCGGCCCCAUAGGGCAAGAAUACUACCAACGUAUCUAAAAAAGGCGACUAAAACGGUUAUACUGAAGGUACAGAAACAACAACAACAACUUUAUUUAUUAUAGCAUGAAUUAACGUUCUUUUCAUCGCAAAUAAACCUGUGGUUCCGACAACCACCUCGGAACAUGUGUCUCGCUGACUGUAGCUUGUAGCAACGUCUUGCAAAGAGUAACAGCGUUCGGGGAAACUCUAGCCAACCGUCUGAUGGCUCUACAUUCCAAGGAAAUCACCGUUCUGUGAGAAAUUCACAGCCUAUCUGGGUGCGAUUGCGCAGAACACACUUCUCCACGUACAACAUUUGGACCCUCUACCAAACCGGGAAGCUGCUGGUUCAGCUGUUUCGUGGGCCCAAAACAACAAAGUAAAGCGUUUUAUAAUGCUGAAAUGACGAUCGCCAGUUCAUGUCCAUCUACUCUCCUGCCUCCAAAUCUGGGAUUGGUGUAGUUGGGCCAAUGAUCCGUAAGAAGCUCUAACAUCCACGCAGGGCAAAAAUCCGAAAAUCCGAAAGUCUACAUCGAAGGCAACUCGCUCCUGGUCUCUUGCGUCCUCUACGCCCCUAUCUAAUUAUGUUCCUUACCAUAGUGAUAAAGAAGCCCUCUUUAACGACCUCCACGAAUGCCUCUCUAAGGUACAACGUCACUCCGUUGCCGUCGUACCUGGUGAUUUUAAUGGUCGUACUGGUCAAGACAGGCAUUCACCAACGAAAAAGCAAAAGGCUCUUCGAACUUUGCAUCCAACCACGGGUGGGGACCUACAAUCUCUCUUUCCCCACAUUUUAAGGCGACAAUGAACCUUGGUAGGGGAAUAUAGCGGCGUCGGGGCUCAACGCGACCAGAACUUCAUAUACUCAAAAUGAGUCACGACAGUUACCAACUGCCACGCCUAGAGCACCCCUGAAUUGCACUGUGCAUGAACAUCGCAUUCUUACAGCUGGAUGUUCGAGCUGCAAUUUCGCUCCUCAGUGGAAACGCCUUCCCUUCGACAGUACUGCAAGCUAACCUUCCUGUAGCAGUCACUAUUAUGCCCACUCCCUUUCGAAAGAAGACGAUCAAGUGCUUUACUGUCUAAAGCGGUACUACAACGAUGACGCGCGUUCGGUCAAGGAAUCUUCAAAGCCGAAGAGGAGAACGAUCGUAGUUACAUUGCCUCUGGGAGGGCGGAAUUGGAAUAAGCAGACCGUAUGGAUGCCAUCCCCCGUCUCACCUUCACCCAAAAGUUACGGGGAACAACAUUGGAGAGAUGCCGGCCAAAGCCCUCUCUCGUGAAUACCCAGGAAAUACGUUCCUGUAUGAAGCUGGUUCUUUCAUACAGGAGCGUUUAGCUUGGAAAUGCAUGAAGGUCGAUUGUUGCCAGCAUUGCUGGAAACCCCCAUGAGCUGGUAACUAGCGCAAAUGGACUAGUCGGUAAAGGUCCUUGGAAUUAACCGAAAACUCGUGCAUACCGGCAAACAAGGCUUGUACCCUCUUCAGAGCCCGAGUAGAGAAUGUCUGCGCCCGGUGCACAAAUGUUUCGAAUUCUGGCGUGAGAACUUGAGACUGAAUAGCCUGCGAGCAGGCUUUAAGGAGUAUUAUUUCCCGAGAAAUAUACAGUGAAAGACCAUAUUUCUAAUACUAAACUAGGAAAAGGCGAUCAUUGUUACAUCAAAACACGGCACAAGGAUCUUUUUUCCCAUUAAAAUCUUAUUUUGAGAAAACUUUUAGAAAAAAUGUCCCGAAAAGCGUUCGAAAAUACAAACGAAAUGUGCUCAUGCCCCCUGGGCAUCCUAUAAUACUCCUGAAACCGGAUUAAUUCAAUAUGGCCGCCGUAUCGGUAAAAAGGUCCAUUCGGGAAAAAUAUUUUGGCGGUGAAGCCGACUUCUCCUCGUGUGAUGGCCAAAAUUUUUCCACGAGCUCGCAAAAAUGAACGUGCUCGCAGGCUAGAGACUGAAAGAGUUUACAUGUUAUUGUACUCGGUGUGAAAAAAACCAAACCAAAACCUGAUUGAAUUAGUUAAUCUCACCUGCGCGCUAGAUUAAUUGCGCGCCUGGCCUCCGAGGCUGCAUCCAGAGAAAUGGACAAAUUUGUCUACUUUGUAGCUUAUUUUUGUCAGUGUUCCGGCUUAAUUAAGUAUGGGGAGAGAGAAUAACACUAUUGCGGCUAGGGCUUUUUUGAUUUUUGGCACCUCUAAUAGUCAAAGCCUACAAUAUUAAUGAGGUGGGCUUUGUAGAGGCUGUGGGUUUAUAUGAAGCUAGGGGGAAAGGCUUUUCAGAUUGCUGAUCACGCACAUAUCAAAUUAUUAUAAAGUGCGAUAAAUCUUUGAGCAGUGUGGAAUUUCUUUGUAUUUGUUGAUUAAUUAUUGAGAGACGAUCAGAGUCAGUGUAACGGUGCCUAAACCAACUAUCAACUGACUCUUCUCUCAGUGAUCUGAAAUUUUAUUUAAUAGAUUACUAUGACGAUGACGUAAAACCACAAAACAAGACAGGACAAGGAUCUUCUCCCAAGAAAGUGUGGGAUAGACCUCUCCGUGAUCACGAAAUCAAGGUUCUUAGGAAAAGCAAAGUACUAAAACAAAGCCACAAGCCCUACAGCAGUGAACAUUUCAGCCAUAAAGGAAACAGAAGUCAUCUACAGAAUAAACACACAAAAGUCCACGCGAAAGGAGAGAAACGUAAACAUUCCUGA